CGGUUUGGCGGUCGCCGACGCCGCCGCCGCGUCAUAUCAAUUUAUCUAUAGAAACUGAAACCGAGCGAUAAUGUUGUUAGUUGAAGACAAUUUUUUAAUUGGUAGGUAGGUUCUGUUCUGUUAGUUGGAAUGUAUAUUUACUUCGUGCCGGUUAGGGUCGGAACCUAUGUAUUUCUUUAGAUGGCCCUUAAAGUUUCUUAAAGGCCUUUUUUGUAAUUUGAAACUUUGUGUGACUGUGGGUGAUAUCUUUUUUUUUCUCGGAUUUUUGUGAGACUUUUUGAGUGUAAAGUUUAUUUCAUGUGUGUUUGUGUUUGUGUGUGUGAUAGAAAUUACCCUCCUUAAAAUUAAGACCAAAAGCUCAUGGCAAAACAAGAACACACACACACUUAAACAUCAAUUUUCCAAUUUUAUGAUACAAAAGAAGAAAAGGAAAAAGAAUAAAAAAAAAAAAAGAAAAUUGAAAAACUAACUUCAAACAAAAAUGGCAUGCUUUCCAAGAAUCCUGAAGAAGAAAGAUGGAUUUUAUCCUCAAAGUCAGAUGAACUUCUUGAAUGAAACUUUAGCAAAAGAUGUAAAAUCAGAAAAAUAUACACGCCACGAAGAGCCUUCUCUUGUUUACGAAAAUGGAACAACGACAACAACAACAACAUUACAGAAGGAAACUAAUGAUGUGGAUGAUGAUAAUAAACUUUCAAGCAAUGCGAUAAGGGAUUCAGGAGUACAAAUUGAGGAUACAUUCGAAGCAAAGGAUAUUGCAGUUGAUGCUUCGAGUCGUGCCGCAGGUGGAGUGAUGUUUGCCAGGCCAAAGUUAUCAAACAAGAAACCUAUAAACAUUGAAGUAUUCCAAAAGGACGAAUCAACCCGCAACCUGAUUCGAACUGCCAUCGAAAGGAAUGACUUCCUCAACAAUUACAUGGACAAAGACCGAAAGGAGAUGGUAAUCGAUGCUAUGCAGGCGGCCACCUACGACCAAGGCAGCUACAUCAUUCGUCAGAACGAAGAGGGUUCUGAGAUUUUCGUUUCGGAAGAAGGAUAUUAUGAUGUCAUCAAAUCGGGUAGUAUCAUUGGUACCAUUGGCCCAGGGACGGUAUUUGGUGAAUUAGCUAUUCUUUAUAGUGCCAAGCGGUUUGCUUCCAUAAAGACUGCUACCAGGGCAAAGGUGUGGAAAAUCGAUAGAUUGAAAUUUCGGAAUAUAAUGUUGGUAUCUGGGUACAAGGAGAAGGAGGAGUAUUUGCAGUUUUUGAAGUCUUCACCGAUUCUCAAAGAUCUAUCUCAAGAUGUUCUUGUGAAACUUGUUGAUCUUCUCAAGAGGAGAUUUUAUCCUGGAAAUACUUGCAUAGUUCGAGAAGGUGAAGUUGGUAACGAAUUCUUCAUUAUCAGGGGUGGAACGGUUACAAUAAAGAAAUUCCAAGAAGAUGGAACUGAAAAAGUUGUAGCUCAUCGGAAACGUGGUGAUUAUUUUGGUGAACAUGCAAUACUCAAUGCUGAUGUUCGUCAAGCUAGUGUUUAUGCUGAUCCACCAGUCACAGAAUGUUUGAAAUUAGAUCGAGAAACAGUGAUAAGUUAUUUGGGAACGAUACCACAAUUAAGGGAAAAACCUGAUAUAGCUCCAACUCAGCGUUUUUCGAUUGCUAGACAUUCGGUAUUUAAUCAGAAAUAUGGUGCAAUACAAUUGAGUGAUUUGAGGAGAAUUGCAACUUUGGGAUGUGGAGCUUUUGGGAGAGUGGAUUUGGUUCAGCACAAAACUGAUGAGAGAACAUUUGCUUUGAAAAUUCUGCGGAAAAUUGAUGUCAUCAAACAGGAUCAAAUUGAACAUGUUUAUAGUGAGAAGCAAGUUAUGAUGAUGUGCCGGGGGAGUCCGUUUAUUGUUGAAUUAUACAAAACAUUUCGCAAUGACAAAUAUGUGUAUUUCCUAAUCGAAGCAUGUCUUGGCGGUGAUGUUUGGACAAUAAUGUCAAAAAGAAAGUAUUUCGAUGAAAAGACUGCUCGCUUCAUUAGCGGAUGUGUUGUUGAAGCAUUCGAAUACCUCCACAGUCGAAACAUCAUUUAUCGUGAUUUAAAGCCUGAGAAUCUAAUGCUCACUACCGAUGGAUAUUGCAAGCUUGUUGAUUUUGGUUUUGCUAAACGAGUUCUCGAAUGUCACAAAACAAAUACAUUCGCUGGCACACCCGAAUACGUGGCACCUGAAAUUAUUUUAGAUCGAGGGCAUGACAAAUCAGUUGACUAUUGGGCUUUGGGUAUCCUUAUAUUCGAAUUGCUAGUUGGCAAAUCACCAUUUCGUGGUCAGAAUCAAAUCAAAAUCUAUCAGCAGAUAUUGGGUGGCAUCGAUGUCAUCCAGAUGCCAUCGAGAAUACCAAAAACCGCACAAGGUCUUAUCAAGCAAUUGUGCAAACAAAUGCCUGCUGAACGUUUGGGCUAUCAACGCAAAGGUAUCCUUGAUAUAAAACGUCAUGGUUGGUUCGAUGGAUUUGAUUGGAAGCGACUUAAAGCUAAAACCCUGCCAUCGCCUAUUCAACGGCCGAUUAAUAGUAAUAUGGAUUUGCAAUACUUUGAGCCGUGUAGUGCUGAUAAUGAUGAACCUCCUGAUGAAAAUAGUGGUUGGGAUGUUGAUUUUUGAGAUUUUUAUAAGAAGUGCGAAUAUAAGAUUGUGACAGCCAUUUUGAAUUCGAGAUUUUGUUGAAAAUCUCAAUUUUUUGAAACCUUUGUAGAGAUGAAAUUUAGAUAAUAAAAUUUCCAGUUAUUUGUAUGUUUAUAAAA